UUUGUGUGUGUAUGUGUGUUAAGCCCCUCCCGAGUGUAAUGUAUAAAAGACCCGCUCCAACCUUGCUCAAACAUUUACUCUUGGGGAUCUCUUAAGCAAAGACUUCACCAAGUUCCAGAGAACAACUCUUUUUUUUGGACGACUGUACAAGAAGCUUUUUGGGGAAUCAUGGUGGCAGCUGGACUUCAGAUGGUGGGCAUUGCCCUGGCUAUAAUUGGCUGGAUCGGGGUCAUCGUUGUGUGCGCCCUUCCCAUGUGGAAGGUGACAGCCUUCAUCGGGCAGAACAUCGUCACGGCUCAAACUACCUGGGAGGGGAUAUGGAUGACGUGCGUGCACCAGAGCACAGGCCAGAUGCAGUGCAAGGUGUACGACUCCAUGCUGGCCCUCUCCUCUGACCUGCAGGCCGCUCGCGCCCUUGUUAUCAUCUCCAUCCUUGUCGGCAUCCUGGGCGUCCUCCUCGCCGUCGCAGGAGGCAAGUGCACCAACUGUGUGGAAGACGAGGCCUCCAAAGCCAAAAUCGGCAUCGCCUCUGGUGUGAUCUUCAUCAUUUCUGGAGUUAUGUGCCUCAUCCCUGUGUGCUGGACGGCAAACACCAUCGUUCAAAACUUCUACAACCCACUGAUGAUUGGAUCCCAGAAGAGGGAGCUGGGAGCUGCACUCUUCAUCGGCUGGGGGGCCUCAGCCCUCCUCAUCAUCGGUGGUGCACUGCUCUGUGCCAACUGCCCUCCUAAGGAUGAAUACUCUGCCAAAUACUCUGCUGCACGUUCAUCAACACCCAAAGACUACGUCUGAGGAGAGAACAGCUGGAUGAGAUGGGAAGAGACUGAAAAAAAGACUUGAAUGAAUGCUUUGUGGUCCAGGAGAUUGUUCAUAUUGCCACGAUGAGAAUGAUCUGACUUUCACAGUGAUUUAUUGUGGUCACAGUUUGUUUGAUGCUUGCAUGUCUUCAGGAUGUGCUUCAGCAGCGCUGAGGUGCAGAAGCAUGCGCCACACCCAUACAACUGUGUAUGUGGACUGAGGGACAGAGUGCAUGUCGGAGGGGGAGAAAACAGAUACAUGUACAUAUUCGAAUUACACUCAACGUGUUUAUUGAUGAAUUGUAAAAUGAUUGGUUUUGCUUUUUGUCCUUUUUCACAUCAUUUCAUGUUAACGUGUGUGUGACUGUCUUAAACUGUAAAUAAAGACAUUUUUUUAAUCAAUACUAAA